AUGCAUAUGAAACUAGAGGUUGUUUUCUUUGGUGAUAAUGUCCCCAAGGAUAAAGCUGAUAAGGCAUUGGAAGCUGCAAAAGAGUGUGAUGCUUUUCUUGCACUUGGAUCAUCUCUGAUGACCAUGUCUGCUUUUCGGCUUAUUAGGGCUGCGCAUGAAACAGGUGCUGCUACAGCAAUUGUAAAUGUAGGUGUAACGCGAGCUGAUGAUUUUGUGCCUCUGAAAGUUAAUGCUCGACUUGGAGAGAUACUGCCAAGAUUGCUUAAUGUUGGAUCCCUCAGCAUUCCUUCCCUAUAG